AGACAGAUCAGAGGCAGGUGGAUAGGCUGGCCGUGGUGACAGACCAUGUUGGCCAGAAAGAGCAUCAUCCCGGAGGAGUAUGUGCUGGCGCGCAUCGCUGCGGAAAACCUGCGCAAACCGCGCAUCCGAGAUCGACUCCCCAAAGCCCGCUUCAUCGCUAAGAGCGGGGCCUGCAACCUGGCGCACAAGAACAUCCGCGAGCAAGGACGCUUCCUUCAGGACAUCUUCACCACGCUGGUGGACCUGAAAUGGCGCCACACGCUGGUCAUCUUUACCAUGUCUUUCCUCUGCAGCUGGCUGCUCUUUGCCAUCAUGUGGUGGCUGGUGGCCUUUGCCCAUGGAGAUAUCUAUGCUUACAUGGAGAAAAGUGGCAUGGAGAAAAGUCUGGAGUCGACUGUGUGUGUGACUCAUGUCAGAUCUUUCACUUCUGCUUUUCUCUUCUCUAUCGAAGUACAAGUGACAAUUGGAUUUGGAGGAAGAAUGAUGACAGAAGAAUGCCCUCUGGCCAUCACGGUUUUGAUUCUCCAGAACAUAGUGGGUUUAAUCAUCAAUGCAGUCAUGUUGGGCUGCAUUUUCAUGAAAACAGCCCAGGCUCACCGAAGGGCAGAGACACUCAUUUUCAGCCGCCAUGCUGUGAUUGCUGUCCGAAAUGGCAAGUUGUGCUUCAUGUUUCGAGUGGGUGACCUAAGAAAAAGCAUGAUCAUCAGUGCCUCAGUACGCAUUCAGGUGGUCAAGAAGACAACCACGCCGGAAGGGGAGAUUGUGCCUAUUCACCAACUAGACAUUCCAGUUGAUAAUCCUAUUGAAAGUAAUAACAUUUUCCUGGUGGCUCCUUUGAUAAUUUGCCAUGUGAUUGACAAGCGCAGCCCCUUGUAUGAUAUCUCAGCAACUGACCUUGUCAACCAAGACCUGGAGGUGAUAGUCAUUCUCGAAGGCGUGGUGGAAACUACAGGCAUUACUACACAAGCACGAACCUCCUACAUUGCUGAGGAAAUCCAGUGGGGCCACCGCUUCGUGUCAAUCGUGACUGAGGAGGAAGGUGUGUAUUCCGUGGAUUACUCCAAAUUUGGCAACACUGUCAAAGUAGCUGCUCCACGAUGCAGUGCCAGAGAGCUAGAUGAGAAACCUUCCAUUCUUAUUCAGACCCUCCAGAAGAGUGAGCUCUCCCAUCAAAACUCCCUGAGGAAACGCAAUUCCAUGCGAAGAAACAAUUCCAUCCGGAGAAACAACUCCAUCCGAAGGAACAAUUCUUCCCUCAUUGUGCCAAAGGUACAAUUCAUGACUCCAGAAGGAAAUCAAAACACAACAGAAUCAUGACAGCAGGCUCAAGACCUUCUUUAUUCAAUUGUAGAGGCUCACUGUGAGUCUCCUCAGACUGAACCAGAGCUGGAACACAAAAUCUUGUGUUUUUACAUUUUAUGCAAUUAAUGAUAUUCAUAUACAGAGAAUUACAUUUUUGUAUCAAUAAACUAACACUAAUGGUGGAGAAAUCCUCCUUUACACUUAUUU